GUACCGGGACGCUCUGGUCAUUGAUAGAAACUAGUCAGGACUUGACCCUCGGCUGCAGCAGGGUGUCAGAGCACGGGCAGAUGGCUGACUGGAAUGCCUACUACAACAAUGAGGAGGAGGAGGAAGAGCAAGAGGAAGGAGAGCAGUCUGGAGGAGAUUACAAAAUCACUGGAAGAGACAGCCUGGUGUUCUUGGUCGAUGCCUCCAAGGAAAUGUUCAUAAAAGGUGAAGAUGGAGCGCCGUCUAACUUCGACAUGACCAUGGGGGUUGUGCGCAGUGUGUACACCAGUAAGAUCAUCAGUAGUCAUCGGGACAUGGUGGCUCUGGUUUUUUACGGCACGGAGCAUUGCAAAAACCCAAACAACACCUUCAAAAAUGUCUAUGUGUAUCACGACCUUGAUGAGCCUGGUGCAAAGCGAGUCCAGGAUGUGGACGCUCUGCGGGGGGGCAACGGCCUGAAGCUGGCGGCACAGAAGCUGGGCAGCGGGGAGACGUCUCUGGUGGACGCCCUGUGGUGCUGCGCCAACCUCUACAGCGACAUCAAGCUUCGCCUGUCCCACAAGCGCCUCAUGAUUUUCACCUGCAGGGACGAACCACACGGGGGCGACAGCACAAAGGACAGACAGGCUCGCACUAAAGCCAGUGAUCUCAAGGAGACAGGUGUUGUGAUUGAUUUGAUGCACCUGAUGAAACCGGGAGGCUUCGACGUGUCGCUCUUUUAUCGUGACAUUGUGAGUCCGCCAGAGGAUGAGAGUGAGCUGGGACUGCAGCUGGACCCCUGUGACAAACUGGAUGACCUGCAGAAACGUGUUAUGGCCAAGGAGCAGAAGAAGAGAGCCAUGGCCAGGGUGAACCUGUGCCUUGGCGAGGGCUUAAACGUCGCCGUGGGGAUUUAUGCAAUGGCCGUAACGGCCCGGAAACCAGGCCCCGUCAAGCUUUACAGGGAAACCAACGAGCCGGUCCGCAGCAAAACCCGCACGUUCCACACUCAGACCGGCAGCCUGCUGCUGCCCAGCGAGAUCAAGAAAGCCCAGGUGUACGGUAAGAGACAGAUCGUGAUGGAGAGGGACGAGGUUGACUCCAUCAAGAAGUUCGACGACCCCGGACUGGUCCUGAUCGGGUUCAAACCCAUGGAGAAGCUCAAGCUGCACCAUCACAUCCGGCCAUCCGUCUUCCUCUAUCCUGAGGAGGGGGAGGUGAAAGGCAGCGCCUGUCUGUUUUCCGCCUUGCUGAAGAAGUGCAGCGAGAAGAACGUGUUUGCUCUGUGCCGCUGCAUCGCACGCAGAAACUACCCGCCGCGAUUCGUUGCCUUGGUGCCUCAGAGUGAGCAGACGGACGAGGGGAACAUGCAGACAUCGCCACCAGGUUUCAACGUCAUCUACUUGCCGUUUGCUGACGAUCUGCGGACUCUGGAUCCUCCUCGUUGCCCGUCGGCUUCGCAAACACAGGUGGACAAGAUGAAGGAGAUCGUCUCCAAACUCCGCUUCAGCUACAGGAGCGAGGCCUUUGAGAACCCAGUCAUCCAGAAGCACUACAGGAACCUGGAGGCCCUGGCUCUGGACAUGGUUGAUCCAGAAGACAUCGAAGACCUCAUCAUGCCAAAGGUGGACAAGAUGGAUGCCAGGCUGGGUUCUUUGGCCGACCAGUUCACAGAGCUCGUCUACCCCGCCAACUACAACCCGGAGAGCAAACCGGCUCCCAAACGCAAAACAGCUGACCCUGGAGGAGGAGCAGAGAAGAAGCCCAAAGUGGAGGUUACAGAGGACGAGCUGAAGGCCCACAUGAAGAACGGCACUCUGGCAAAGCUGACCGUCCCCGUGCUGAAGGAGGCCUGCAAGCAGUUCGGGGUUCGGACCACCGGGACCAAGAAGCAGGAGCUGAUCGACGCUCUGAUCGCCCAACUGGGCUCAUGAGGAAUCCUCAGCAAACUCUCCAGCUGCACCUUGUUUUGUUGGAUUUGAUUUCAGGUAACGAGAUGUCAUUCGAGGGUCCUCGGCUUGUUUACAACUCGUCUUGCUGCAUGUAAACUUGAUGAUUGACGAAAAAAAAACCUGUAAGACUGCAAAGAUGUUAGUCUGAUAAGAUUCACUGGAAAUCAAUGUUGAUAUCAGAUUACCGAUCGCAGUUCACAUAAUGUUUAAAAAAAAAAAACAAAAUCUGCCUAAGAUGUAUGUCCUGAUUCUACAUUUUGUUGUAAAAGUGCUUUAACUCAACAUU